AUGACGUCUUUGCAUCAUAACGAAGUGUUUUUUAUUGGAUCUUUAUUAAUUCUCCGAAUCCUUAUUGCUAUCUUUUCGACAUUGAAUAUUAUUCGAGAAAUAUUUCAAUUAAUUCGAGAAGUACUCAUUAUUGUACUUAUAUUGGUGUUUGGCUUUGCUGUCAGCUUUAAUAUGCUAUGUAAUAAUCAGAUUGGUUUAGCUGUAGGAGACAUCGCAGAAAUGGAAAAGCAAGCUUCACGACGUCGAUUAGUAGAUUUGGUUUAUUUUUUUACCGGCAUCGAAAAAAGUUUGCCCAAAUAUUUACGUAGAAGCUGUAAAUUGAUCAAGUUUGCUUGUACUGAAAAGGGAGAUAUAGAGGUCAAUAAAUUAGAUGCAAACGAAGUUAGGCAGCAAAAAUACUAUGAAGAUAUUAAGGAACAGAUAGGAAAAAUCGAGCGUAUACUAUUACAGCAGCAAUUAAGGCUAGAAUCUCUCGAAUCUGAAUUACAUUCCGUAAAAGCAUCUGAAUCUCCAUAA